UCUUUCUGCAGCCGACCAGUUGCAAGUAUGUCUCACGUUGUAAAAAAGAGAAAAUUGGACAAAAGUCGACAAGACAGAAUCUACUUUGACAGCUACACCGAUGUGACGAUACAUGAGGAGAUGAUAGCGGACCAUGUGCGAAUGAACACGUACCGGACGGCCAUUCUAAAGUGCAGUGAGUGGAUCCGUGACAAAGUGGUGCUGGAUGUCGGAGCAGGAACCGGCGUCCUGAGCAUCUUUUGUGUGCAAGCCGGGGCCCGGAAAGUGUACGCGGUGGAAGCGUGCUCGAUCGCCGAGCAGGCGGAGAACAUCAUCAAGCAGAACCAGAUGGACGACAAGAUCGAAGUGAUUCGCGGCACCGUGGAGACGGUGGAGCUGCCGGAGGAGGUGGACGUGAUCGUGAGCGAGUGGAUGGGCUACGCGCUGCUGCACGAGUCCAUGCUCGACUCGGUCCUGUACGCUCGGGACAAGUGGCUGACGAAGCCGGGCGGGAUCGUCCUGCCGGACCGGGCGGAACUUUACAUCACGCCCAUCAUGGAGCCCGUGGUGGAGAACCGCUUGCACUUCUGGUGCACCAUCAAAGACCAGUACGGCGUGGACAUGUCGUGCAUGUCUGAGUUUGCCCGAAAGUGCAUCAAGAACUCGGACAUCACGGUGAACACGGUGACUGUGGAGGAUGUGUUGUCUCAUCCCGUGAGAUUUGCCGAGCUGGAUCUGACCACUGUGACGGUGGAGCAGUUGAGGUCAUUGAAAGGUCACUUCAGAUGCGACUCCUUUGGCUCUGCGGUGGUGAACGCCUUCUGUGUGUACUUCGACGUGUCCUUCUCCUGCCCGGAAAAACCGGUGGUGCUCUCCACGUCCCCGUUCCAACCGGAGACCCACUGGAAACAAGCGGUGCUGUACCUGGAUGAGCCGGUGGAAGUGAUCCAAGACACUGCGGUCAGUGGGGAGGUCAGCUUGUUUCCCUCGGAGCACAGUGCCAGACAUCUGUGUAUCCAUUUGGAGUAUAGGAUCGGAGAGGUGAAACAAGAAUCCAAGACUUUUUCCAUACCUGACUGGACCUCUGAGGAUCAGCUUUGAUGUCCUGCAUUUGAAGGCAUCACUGUACGACAUAGUUACCAGCGAUCAGUAUUGCUGUAAAGUAAUAAGACAGUAACAAGCCACGUCCUACUAUUUUAUGUAAAUAUAGUUUGACAGUUUAGUUUGCUUAAACUCAAUAAACA